GCGGAGCGACUCUGGCAGCCGUGGCGGCCGCCUCUCACCCUCCCACGUCCCGCUUUCAGUAACCGUCACUGUACUGCCGAUGCGCCCAGCCGCCAUCACUCCCCGCUCCCUCACACCUCCGCUGGGAGCUCCUCUUCUCACUAGGGCUUCUCUGUCAUCAUCACCGCGCAUCUGAAAAACAACUCGCACACUCUGGACUUCAUAAUAAGCCACCGGGUAGUACUUUCACCCUCCGUUUCUGAAUGACGGGCGGUCGGUUCGACUUUGACGAUGGUGGCACCUACUGCGGAGGCUGGGAGGAAGGCAAAGCCCACGGCCAGGGUGUGUGCACCGGUCCCAAGGGCCAGGGCGAGUACUCGGGCUCCUGGUCCAACGGUUUCGAGGUGGUCGGUGUCUACACCUGGCCCAGCGGGAACAUCUACCAGGGCUACUGGGCGCAAGGGAAACGCCACGGACUCGGCGUGGAAACCAAGGGAAGGUGGAUAUACCGGGGAGAGUGGACUCACGGGUUCAAGGGUCGGUACGGGGUCCGGCAGAGCCUGAACACACCGGCCAGGUACGAAGGCACCUGGAGUAACGGACUGCAGGACGGAUACGGCGUGGAGACGUACGGUGAUGGAGGUACAUACCAGGGUCAGUGGACCGGAGGGAUGCGUCAUGGCUACGGCGUGCGUCAAAGUGUUCCAUACGGCAUGGCCUCUGUCAUUCGUUCACCUCUUCGAACCUCGCUGUCUUCCCUCCGCAGUGAGCAGAGUAAUGGUACGGUACUGCGUGACAGCCUGUCCGACAGCCCUGCCGGAACCCGCGGCGGCUUCGUGCUUAACUUCCACUCGGACGGAGAAGGUUCGGAGAAGAAGAAGGGUCUUUUCCGCCGUGGCUCCCUCUUUGGCAGCCUCCAGCGAUUGCGCAAGUCAGACUCGCGCUCCUCAAUUUCCAGCAAGCGCAGCUCGGCGCACAGUGACACCAACAUGAGCCGCAUCAGUUCAAGUGACGCCAACUCCACCAUCAGCUUUGGAGACGGGGAUGCCGGGGAUGACUACUUGCCCCUGGAGGACAACGUAGACGCCACCACAACGGAGUCCUACAUGGGUGAGUGGAAGAAUGACAAGCGCAGCGGCUUUGGUGUCUCAGAGCGCUCCAACGGCAUGAAGUACGAGGGCGAGUGGCUGAACAAUAAGCGCCACGGCUACGGCUGCACCAUCUUUCCCGACGGCAACAAGGAAGAAGGAAAGUACAAGAACAACGUUCUGUCCCGGGGCAUCAGGAAGCAGCUGAUCCCGCUGAGGAACACCAAGACCAAACAGAAGGUGGACCGAGCCAUCGAAGGAGCAGUGAGAGCAGCAGCUAUUGCCAGAACUAAAGUAGAGAUCGCCAUCUCCAGGACGUCCCAUGCCCGGGCUAAGGCAGAAGCUGCAGACCAGGCUGCCCAGUCAGCCAGUCAGGACUCUGACAUCGCCAGAACUGUGGCCAGAGAGCUGUCCCCGAGCUUCCAUCAGCCAGGCCCGGACUACGUACGACAGAAGUAUAAUGAGCCAGUAGAGGUGAAGGAGGUUCCUGUGGAGGAGAAAAAGGAGAAAUCUCCAUCAGGGAGCCCUCAUUUCUACCGGAAAGGCACAACACCCGACCACUCUCCCUCUGAGAGCCCAUGUCCCAGCCCCGCUGCUGUUAAAAAUACCUUGUUCAGCAGUAAAACUCCCGCCGCCGUCGCUCCAGCGAAGCCUGCUGGGAAAGAGAACAAAACCCCAGCAGCUGAGUCUUUGACGGGAGGCAUAACAAAAGCAGCAUCAAAACUUUCUCUCAGACAGGAAUUGAGGCAACAGGAGGCUACUCCAGCGGUCAAACCAGCUGUUACCACGACUGUCAGCAGUUACCCCAGCAACGGGCAGAUUCACUCCCAGUACCACGGUUACUAUGUCAAGGCAGAUGUCAAGAUUCCGCCACCCGAGGAACCAACCAGUGUUGAGGAUGACCUUCACCCAUUAAGCCUGGCUCGCUUGCCACCGCCUGCCAAACAGAUUUGGGCGCCCGCACCAAAAUCCCUGCCAGCCCCCAGCCCUUCACCGGUUCCACUUAAAGAGGCCACCAAAGCGCCAGAACCUCCCAAGCCAAAAAGACAGGAAUCAACCAAACCAAAGAGCCUCGCAGAAACCAAGAAAGCUAGUAUGGAAAUAGCUGCUGAUAUUGUAGAGGAGGAGUCGGGCCCAAACUCUAUCUUGGUGGCUCUUGUGAUGCUGUUGAACGUAGGUCUAGCAAUCAUUUUUGUCCAUUUCCUCACCUGACCAAAUCUGAACUCAGUGGACUCAUCCAAACUAGUCGCCCAAGUCGCUAACCUUCCAUCAACCAAAGGGGCCCUUUAAGAAAAUUGUGCCCCUCAGCAUGGCGGACACGGGCAAAAGGAGGACUGAAAAUAGCCGAGUGAAGGUGGUGAAGAGGUGGAGGGGGGGGACACAAGAAGGAGAGAGAGAGAGAAAAAAAGCAGAGAGAGAGAAAGAUGAACCCCCCACCCCCCCUCUCUCUCUCUCUGGAUGGACUGAACGAUGCCCGAGUCCAACUUGAUUGGACUGGCGAUGGUUUGUGACUCCACUUAGAGUGCAGUGAAAGCUGAAGCAAGCAGUCACCGGUGUGGAAAGGGGCCCCCCCUCAUCCCCCCGAGCCCCAACUAAGGAUUCUCUAUCAGGCUUAGAAGUAACAGGAGGCCUGGAGUGUGAGUGAGUGAGUGUGA